ACAACCCUACUCGCGAAAGCAACUCUGCAAUAGCGCGUCCGCGUCGCGUUGUAAUUUUUUGUUGAAUUUUUUAAGCUUGUUAAAUACCGUGGCAUGUCCUAAGUUAAGUCUUCCUUCCGCAAAAGAUACUGAUCUGACCAUGAGCGCCUCUACCAUCGACAACGUGCGGGUGUUACUGCAGUCGCUGCCCGCCGCCUCGAACAACAUCAACACUGCAGUCGGCCUUGGUGAGCAGCAGACGCCGGGCAAGGGACUGGCAAUGGCCCCAACUACUCCCUUGCGCGCCAGAAACCAGGGCCAGCAGCUCCAGCUGAAUAUGCCGUUUACUCCGGAGAAGGCUGAAGAGAAACCGAUUUCGGCUCCCGAGGAGUUCUGGCGAGACCUGCAGCAGUUUCACGAACGGCGCGGCACCCCGCUGACCCAGGCGGCCAAGAUCAGUGGCAAGCACGUGGACCUGUACAAGCUGUACACCGAGGUCACCGAGCGCGGUGGCUUCAACAAGGUGAACAUGCGGGACGAGUGGGACGAGGUAUACAGUGCUAUGGAGACUCUGCGGGAGCGGUGCGUCAAUGGCACGGCGGGCAUCAAACACAUAUAUAGACGCUAUCUGGACAAGUACGAGCGCCUGAAUUUCUUUGGUGAAGAUCCAGACAAGAUGGAGGCUUUGGAGGCGGCCAUUGAGAACGCAGAAAUGGGCGGUGGACGCUCCCGAUCGCGGGCUUUGGCUGGCGGCGGCGGAGGCGGUGGCGGCGGUGGUCUUGGCAGCAUCUUUGGCUCAAUGCACUCGACGCUGCCGGCGGUGCCCAUGGCCUACAAUCAGCGCCAGCAUUCUGUAAACGUUGAGCGUCGACGGCAAUAUAAGAUGUCCACACAGCUUCACCGACACAGCAGCUACGAGAAGCUGCUGCUAUCUCUGCUCUCACCGCUGCCCAACGAGCAGGACUUUGCCAUAAAUGUGUGCACGCUUAUGGCGAACGAAGUGCGCCACACGCUCCAGCUAACCGAGUGUCCCAAGCUGCUGGAUGUGCUGUUGGCCCACCUGGGCGUCUAUGCGGAUUUCACCAUGCGCCAACUGUUUCAGCACAGCUACGCGGAGGUGCGGCACCACUCACAGCUCAGCUUUUGGCGCGACCUGCUGCACGACAGACCACAGAUCCUGGAGCUAUACACUGACGAGCAGGCCUGGCUGGAUAAUGGUCUGAUCAGCAAGGAGGAUAGGGAGAACACGGCCGCUCGUAGCGAGCUGCUGGCGGCCUGCGAUGAGUUGGAUUUCCUUAACCUAAGGCGCAGCAACGGCACCGAUGAACGGAUGGGCCAGCGUGUUCUACAGAUUGUCCAACUUGUGCGAACCCUCAGUUUCCAUCAGGAGAAUCACGCACUUCUCGCAUCAAAUCGCACAUUGUGGCGUUAUUUGGUCAUGGGCGCCAACGUGCGAUGGAGUAACAUCCACAUUCAAGCUCUGGAGACAGCCGGCAACCUUGCCCACCAGUUUGAGCUGCAGGAUCCCACUACGGACGAGCUGUCGCGGAAUCUGCUGGCCACCCUUUGCGAGGGAGUCGACUCCAACGACCGGGCGGUGAUCAUCAGCUGCCUGGAGAUACUUUACAAGCUGUGCGGCCGCGAGGGAAACUCCCAGCACAUCAACCGCUGCCUGGGCUUGGAUUUUUACCAACGGGCUAUGCUUCUGCUUUCGCUGACGGAUGUGAUGCUGCUCAUUUUUACUCUGGAGGCCGUUUACGCGCUGAGUUCCCUGGGAGCGCGACCGUGUUCGAUGCUAAUGCAAGUGCGAGGUCUGCUGGAUCAGCUGGUGGCUCUGAUCACCGUGGAGGCGCAGACCUACGGCGCAGACGGUUGCAUACUCAUGCGGGUGGUGGAGGUAGUACCGGGCAAUAUGAUAGCCUCGCUGGCCCAGACAAAUAUGCCGGCCAUGCAAGCCAAUCCCGCGGCGGCUGCAGCAUCUCUCACAACGCUGCCACCAUCGCUGCAGGUGGCCAUUAAACCGCCAGUCGCCUUGCCCACACCAACGGCCGCCCAGACACAAGUGCUCUUGCCCCAGGGAGGGGAGCAGGCAGUAGCUGCACCUGCUUUGCCAUCGGUUCCAACGAUUCCCAGUCUACCGAUGCCUAGUCUGCCCCAGGUUCAGCUGCCGGUGCCCAGCCUGCCGCAGGUUCAGCUGCCCCCAAUUGCGGCCACCGUGUCUCUGCCGAGUUUGCCUUCAGCAGGUCCAAGCUUCACCCACGAGGAUGAGCAGUAUGCUUUGGCCUGGCUGGGAGCCACCUACGAGCGGGGGGCAGGCAUGGGCCACGAGCUGCGCGUGGAACAGGCGGAGCUAUACAGAAUCUAUUUGUCGCACUGCCAAAAGGCGGGUAAGCUCUCCGUGGUGAAUCACAUGCAGUUUCCCCGACUCGUGCGGCUCAUCUUCAAUCAGACGGUGGGACCGGUAAUUGUCCGACAGCUGGACGGUACCGAGUUGCCCGGCACAUACUACGUUGGCAUUCGAAUGCGAGCUCAGCCGCUGAUCAUGCAGCAAAAGCCGGCCAUUCAGAAGAAGGAGACUCCUGUCCUGCCCAAGCCGCAGCCAAGCGAAACUACUGCGGCAGAAGUGGCGCCUGAAGAAGCACCAACAACUGGUCAACUUCCGCCUUCGGCUGUCACGCCGCCUCCAAGCUCUUCGCUGAUCAAGAGUCUCUUGGCCAACAAGGUCACCGAGCGUCAACAGAAGCAAAAGGCGCAGGCACAGUCGCCACAACCGCCAGCUCUGGUGGCCACUACGGCACCUUCGUCAACAAAUUCGAGCACCCAACCCAUCAAGGUCACCUCGACUGCCAUUAGCGCCUUUGUGAAUAACCCACUCAUGCAGCACACGCCGGUAAAGGUGGGCCAGACUACCAUCAAGCCGCUGCAUCCCCAGAUGGCCAUGGAACAAAAAAAACCCAUUACGGACUCGGCUCCCCCGCCGCUAGCACCACUGAGUGGGGCGAAUGUGGUGAGCAAAGAUGCCAGUGGACGCACCCUGAUCAUUGCAGCAGCUGCGGCGGCAGCCAAACGAAAAUUGACCAUUGACGAGGAGCAAAACAAGCGCCUGGCCUUGGACGGCGGCAGCUCGAGCUCCAGCUCUUCCGCCGGCAAGGAUGAGCCGCAGGUGACACCCUCAAAGAAUGCGGCCAAUUUGUAUGCAGACUUGGCGGCCUCCAUACUGGAAGACGAGGACUUGGACGAUGUUCCACCGCUGACCAAGCCCAAUCAGGAGCAAGCCCAGCAAUCGUCGCAACAGCAACAGCUCCAGCUUAUUCCGGCGAAAGUGCAGCCAACACAGCGUCAGCUGGUAUUCCCCUCCAGCAGCACAGUUGCCUCUCCUGGCCCACCGCCGCAACUGAAACUGGCCACUACGGCCACUAUCAAGACGGAUCAGGGUCUGCAGACCGUUCCAGUGAUCUUGCAGCCCAAGAGCACAAUAGAGCAUGUUACGCCGGCGCCGCAGACUCAGUAUGUUCUGGCCACCAAUCAGCAGGGACAAACUUACUUGGUGGCGCAGCAAACUCAGCCAGCUAUUCCGCCCGCUAAUCAGUCCAAUCCGCCCACGCUGCUGGUGACGCAAACCCCGCAGCAGCAGACUAAAACCAUUAUAAUUCUUCAGCAACCUGGUGGAGGCGUGUCGGCUGCCAAUGUGGCGGGCACGCAGAAGAUGAUCAUGACAACGGCCCAGGGGCAGCAGGUUUUGGUUACCACCACUACUGCUCCGCAGUCAGCUCCACGUAAUGCAACGCCCCAGCAGCAGCAGAUCUUUAUAGCACCUCAACGUCCCGUUCCAGCCUUGGGCGCGGCCGGACAAAUGUCGCCUUCAUUGCUGUCGCAGCUCAAUCAAAUCCCUGCCACUAUCAAGCUUCAUCAGCCGCAGCCACAGCCGCAGCAGCGCUUGGUGGCCACUAAAGCGGGCGCUGCUGUGCCCAUUCCCCAGCUGCAGCAACACCAGUCUAUCAUUCAGCAGCACAUCAUCUCCGGCCCUUCUACACCAGGCUCCUCCACCUCAGUUGGCGAGAAGAGGCAGCUCAUUCUGGGAGGCGGAAUGAAGGAGACCACGCUCAUCACCCAGACACCGGCUACAGCGGCUCCCCUACAGCAAAGCCAGCUCAACUCGCAGACGAUCAUUACCACACAGCCGCCGCCCAUUACCACCACAGCAGGCACUGUUGGGGGCGUGACCCUUCAGCAGCAACAGCAGCAGCACAUAAGGACUGUCUUGCUAGAGCAGCAGCAGCAGCAACAACAGCAACAACACCAUCCAUCGAUCAUUCAGCAAAAGAUCACAAUGCCUACAAUCUCAGAGGCAGCGAAACCUAAAGCGGUUACCACCGUUUCAGCUCCAGGUACUCUGCCAGGCACUACUUCCGUCCUGGCCAAGAAGACUUUGCCACCGCCCAUGAAGCCCUCAACAGUCACCCAGACUGUGGUGGUAACAACGGCUACUACCAGCGGUGAAUCGGCAGCUGCUAAAUCAGUUGUGGCAACAACAACAACAACCACCAGCGAAUCCAAGGUAGCAGAUCAGCCGUCAGUUACAUCGAGUGUUGUGGUCACCACAGCUCCUACAACCACCAGCAGCAGCGGCGCUGUGGUGGUCAGUCAGAGCGUCUACGCUGCCUCACCUGCUCCCAGUGGCACUAGCACCACACCUGCCGCAGUGCCCGUAGACGUCAACUGGUUGUACAUUUGCGAUUGGCGCAACUGUCCGCGUAGAAAGUUCAAAUCUCUGAACGAGCUCAAGUACCACGUGUGCAACGUACACUGUCCGGACCAUCUGGACUCGGACGCCGACAUCUACUGCCAGUGGGGCAGUGGACCCACAUUCUGCGACAAUAGAGCCCGCAAACGGUACUCACUGAUGACGCAUUUGAUUGACCGCCACUUGACACCGGAGAAUUUGCGAGCCGGAGUGCAGCGCCGCCUUACCACGGGCAUUCAUAAUGUGGCCCCCGCUCAGCCGCCCGUGACCAUAGUGCGGAAUGAGGGUCAUGCCCAGCGAGUGCUGCCGGGAAGCGGUCCUGUGGGUGCUUCAACAGCGGCGCCCGCCGCCACCACUGCGCCUCCAGUUGUGGGCAGCGCCGCAAUGCAGGCCAUGAACCGACACACCACGGAUUACACCAACUCCAAGGAGCUGAUGGAUGAAAACGAGGGGCCGGUCACCAAGAGCAUACGCUUGACAGCGGCUUUAAUUCUGCGGAAUCUGGUCACCUACUCGUCAACGGCCAAACGGAGCCUAAAGCGCUACGAGCCCCACUUGGCCAAUAUAGCACUAAGCAACGUUGAGGCCAGCGGAGUGCUCUCACAUAUUAUGUACGAGCUGAGUCAGUAGGAGCAGCAGCUGCUUUACUGUAUUUUGUGUAUUACCUUUGCAGAUUAACUAAAGAAGCGGCUUGUAAUAACGACACUAUUAAAAUGUGAAAACUAAAUUUGUAAA